UUUUGGAGAAGUCAGUAAGCUUUUGACGUCAUCAUCCACAUGCUUUCUAAAGCUUGCGAGUCAUUUAAAUUGCACAAAGGAGAUCAUCGUUCUAUCAUUUCACUGUGAGAAAGUUUAGUUCAACAUUACCAAAAACAACAAUGGCUAAAACCAGAUGGUUUUGCUUCGCUAUCGCUCUUUUAGUGAUUGCCCGUUUCUGUAACUGCGAAGAAGCAGUCUUGUCUCAGAAAGAACAGGACAGGGUCUCGAGAUUGCCUGGUCAGGAUUUCGAUGUAGACUUUGCUCACUACUCGGGGUUCGUUACCACUAAUGAGAAGCUGGGAAGAGCACUCUUCUACUGGUUCUUCGAAGCUGCUGAAGAUUCUGCGUCUAAGCCUCUUGUUCUCUGGCUCAACGGAGGGCCAGGAUGUUCAUCUGUUGGAUUUGGUGAAGCAGAAGAGAUAGGACCGUUCCACAUUAAGUCAGAUGGGAAGACUCUUUACCUUAAUCAAUAUUCUUGGAACCAAGUUGCGAAUAUUUUGUUCCUUGAUGCACCUGUUGGAGUUGGUUAUUCAUACUCAAACACUUCUUCUGAUUUGCUUACCAAUGGUGAUCAGAGAACUGCGAAAGACUCACUGCAGUUUCUUCUGAAAUGGGUUGAGCUUUAUCCGGAGUUCAAAGGAAGAGAGUUUUACAUAGUUGGGGAGAGCUAUGCAGGGCAUUACAUUCCUCAGCUGAGUCAAGCCAUUGUAGAACAUAACCAAGCGUCUGGCGAAAACACCAUUAAUCUGAUGGGUUACAUGGUAGGUAAUGGGCUGAUGGAUGAUUACCAUGACAGCCUCGGUCUUUACCAGUAUAUCUGGACCUUGGGUUUCAUCUCCGACCAAACAUACAGCUUACUGAAACUCAAGUGCGGUUUGGAACCCUUUGUUCACACAUCCGAAGUGUGUCUCAAGGCUCUGGACAUAAUGGACAUGGAGAUAGGUGAGAUAGACCAAUACAGCGUCUUCACCCCAACCUGUGUUGCCAACGCUUCCCAGGCAAAGAUGUUGCUGAAGAAAAGAGCAGUAGGUGGCCGUGUGAGUGAACAGUACGAUCCUUGCACGAUGAAACACUCUAAAGUGUAUUUCAAUCUUCCGGAGGUUCAAGAAGCUCUCCAUGUCCCACCGGGACUUGCACCAUCCAAAUGGGAUGUUUGCAGUGAUGUUGUGAGUGAAAACUGGAAGGACUCUCCUUCCUCGGUUCUGAACAUUUACCACGAGCUUAUAGCUGCAGGGCUACGUAUAUGGGUUUUCAGUGGAGAUGCAGAUGCUGUUGUACCAGUUACAUCAACUCGGUACAGCAUAGAUGCACUAAAACUUCACCCAGUGAGUCCCUAUGGUCCUUGGUACAUAGACGGACAGGUGGGAGGGUGGACUCAGGAGUAUGAUGGUCUAAACUUUGUGACUGUGAGAGGUGCAGGGCAUGAAGUUCCUUUGCAUAGACCGAAGGAGGCUCUUGCGCUAUUCCAGGCUUUUAUAUCUGGAACUUCAUUGCCAACUCCAGAGAACAGCAUCAGAAGCGACAAGUCUGAACUCGUUGGUGACUCAUGAUGAGUUGUGUGAUUCUCAGUCAGAAAGUUGCAGUCCUUGUAUGAACUAGUUAAGAUAAUAAUAUAAUAGCUUUAAACGCUGUUUUGAAACAUUUAGUGUUGGAUUCUAUUUAAGUGUC